AUGAUUCUCCCUGAGGGUCUCACCGCAGACUAUAUCGACACAAUCCCCGUUCUUUGCGAAACAAUUUCUCGUCUUCAAAACUUCUCUCCAAGCAAUCCGUCCGCAGCUUCCCCACCGGGCGCGACUCCUUCGUUCAAUGCAAACAGUACAGGGCCAUUGAAUAUCAAAGAUAUUUAUGCUGCGACCGAUGGCAUCAAACAUAAAUUACAAAAGGCGAGAGUGGGUGUAAAGAGCAUGCCAGAUAUGCAUAGGACUAUUGAAGACCAGGAGGAGGAGAUAAGAGAGUGCGAAGAGAAGAUUGCACAGCAAAAAGAGGUGUUAAAUUUGUUGAUGAAAGUAGGAUUGAAUAUCAAGAAAGAGCGAGAAGAGAGAGGAUCAGGAGAUAAAAUGGAAACUUGA